UUAACAAGAGAACAUCACUCGUGUACGUAUCCGUGAUGAUCACACUUUCGUUCCUAGAUUUUUUUUUCAUUUUUUUCUCAUUUUUUUCUCUCGAAAAACAAGUCAAAUCUUUCAAGCGGAUAAAAUUAAUCAAGCGCGUUGUUAUAAAACGAAAUAAUCAACUUCUCCAAUGGUCGUCCAUUAUUAGCCGUUUGCGUUCGUGUAGGCAGCAAGUACGAAGAAGAAAAAGAAGAAGAAGAAGAGUACUCUUGUAUUUAAGUACUAUUGUGCAACACACAUUAUUAUUCGUUACUGCAGUUUAUUUUUGUCGUCGCCAUUAGACAAUGCACCAUCGAUAUUAUUAACUUUCAUUUGUUAAAAAUAUUAUUUAUGGUUUUAUCUUCAGAUCGUUAAUAAAUAAUCUUUCGUAGCAACUAUACGCGUCAAAUAAAGGAAGAUAUAAUUUUUUUCCUUUCGCAAAAUUCAUAUACGCGAAUUCCUAAUUACCUAUAUUAAUGUUCAAUGUUCAAUGUUACUUGGUGGAGAUAUAAGUUUUCCUCGAGGAAUGAUAUGGAAGAGCAAGAACGUUUGGAAAAAUUGAAAGAAUACAAUAUUAUAUUGGACGAAUUGAAAGUUGUAUUUUUAAAAAAGUGGAAAGAAAAACAGGAACAGAAUGGUAAGCUCGAUGAUUUCGAGCAAAUUCGUACUGUCGGUACCGGUGCUUUUGGACGCGUCCUAUUGGUUAAACAUAAAGCUACUUCUGUUUUCUAUGCCAUGAAGAUAUUACAAAAGGCACGUGUCGUGAAGUUAAAACAAAUCGAACACGCUUACAACGAAAAAAAAAUAUUGCAAUGCAUUAAAUAUCCUUUCAUAGUUUUUAUGGAAUUUUUCUUCAAAGAUAAUUCGUAUCUUUAUAUGGUGUUACCUUACAUUAGCGGCGGCGAAAUGUUUACUCAUUUAAGACGUAUGGGAAGAUUCGACGAAUCAUUGUCAAGAUUUUAUGCUGCACAAGUUGCAUUAGCUUUGGAAUAUCUUCAUCAUUGUAGCUUGAUUUAUCGUGAUUUGAAACCGGAAAAUAUAUUGAUCGAAUAUACGGGUUAUAUUCGUGUAACAGAUUUCAGUUUUUGCAAGAUGAUCGAGGGUAGAACCUGGACGUUAUGUGGUACACCUGAUUACCUUGCACCAGAAGUUGUAUUAUCGAAAGGUUAUGGUAAAGCCGUUGAUUGGUGGAGUUUCGGUGUACUGAUAUACGAAAUGAAUGCAGGAUAUCCGCCAUUUUAUGCUAACGAUCCGAUGAAGAUUUAUGAAAAGAUAGUUACUGGCAAAUAUAAGCAUGCUCAUCAUUUUGGGGAUGAUCUCAGAGAUAUCGUUAAGAAUAUGCUUCAGGUUGAUCUAACUAAAAGAUAUGGAAAUUUAAAAAAUGGUACUGUCGAUAUUAAAAUGCACAGAUGGUUUCGUACUACCGAUUGGAAUCAGAUUUAUUAUCAAAAAAUACAACCGUCGUUUAUACCGAAAUGCGAUUCCCCCGGUGAUACCAGUAAUUUCAGUAUUUACGACGAGGAACCAUUAAGGAUAGACGUUGUCGAUCAUUAUGCUAAAGAAUUUGCGAAUUUUUGA